CCGUCGGCACAGAAUGCCACCAGUCCAAUCGUCAUCGCAGCAAGCAAUAUAUUUUUGACUCAAACUACCCGUAGGCUGCACGCGGCGCAGCCAGGAUGACCCUGCAAUACGUAUGCCCCCUGUGCCCGUACGAGACCCGGGCACGGGGCAUCCUUUACCGACAUUUGCUCAUACACACCGGUGUCAAGCCGUACUGCUGCGAGAACUGCGGCCGCCGGUACGCGCUGCCCGAAACGCUGCUCGAGCACAUGGCGGCCCACCGCAGGGAGCCGCCGUACAAGUGCGGCCGAUGCACCAUGGCACUUGACCACUUCUCCGAGUACCUGAGGCACCAGGUGUACCACAUGCUCAAGAGCAUCCACCGGUGCUCCUUCUGCGGCGAGGGCUUCGUCUGGAAACAGGCCCUCAAGCACCACUCCAAGACCCACAAGGAAGGCAAACACCUCUUCCACAUGUUCUUCCGGAAGACCGCGGGAAGGCGGACGUCGACUCGGUACCAGGACGAGAACGACAUGCCCCUGGACCUCAAGAUGAAAGUACCCGUCCAGUCAGGCAAGGGCUCUCGGGAUUGCCCUGGGGAAAUGAAAACCGGUAAUGGCUUGAGCAGGCUUGGCGAGCAGGAUAGGUCAUCCGGCUACAGUCAGCAGCAAUCCCUGCAACCGCCUCCGUUUGGCAACCUCCUCACGCCGGGUGGCCCGUCGCUUCUCGACAGCUACUUCAAGUUCUACAUGUACCCACACCUUGGUGCACCCCUACCUUACCAAAAUGGUGCAAGCCUGCUAUCGCCCGUGUUGCGUGCUUCACCCAACGGUCACGAGGACGAGGACAUGCUGAUGGAGUCGGGCCUCUACAUCUGCCGGGUUUGCGGCUGGCAGUUCACCAAGGUGAGCCACCUAACGGCCCACAUGUACAUCCACACUGGUCGCAGGCUUCACAACUGCGACGUCUGCGGCAAGAACUUCACCCGCAAGGGCUCUCUGAAGCUGCACCGACUGCAGCACCACGAGACAAAGCCGCACCAGUGUGACAUCUGCCACAAAACCUUCUUGCAGGCUCGCUACCUCCGUGCCCACCUGCUAGUCCACCGCCGGCAAGAUGCCACCUCAAGACCUCCGGAGCCAGAGCCCGUGCCCAAGCGCCUGGAUGUGCCCGUGGUAUCGCCAGUGUUCCAGGCUUCCUUCCAGAGCAUGCUUCACACUCCAGACGCGGGGCCGACGGAACCGGAGACUGCAGAGUCUCCCGAGUCGUCCGGCAAUGCGUCGUCGUCCGCUCAUCGGUGCCCGAUUUGCCAGAAGGGCUUCUCGCAGCCGUACAAGCUGCGGCGCCAUCUGGUGAUUCACGCCAGCCCCCGCAUCCACCAGUGCAACAUCUGCCAGAAGGUGCUGCCCUCGGUGACGGAGCUGCGGAGCCACAAGAAGCUGCAUGGCCGAGCCAGGCAGCACUGCUGCGAGUACUGCAAGAAGGACUUCUCGUGCUCGUCCACACUGCGGCGCCACGUGCGCAUUCACACGGGCGAGAAGCCCUACCAGUGUGAGGUGUGCCUCAAGCGCUUCUCGGACCUGUCCAACAAGAACUGCCACAUGCGCACGCACACGGGUGAGAAGCCACACCGUUGCCAGGUGUGUGGCAUGCGGUUCUCCCUCAAAAAUGCCCUCAGCUGCCACAUGCGAAACCACAUGGUCUGAGUGGGGCCACUUUUGACAUAGGCAAAGGCCUUGUCGCACCCACUGUUCACAUUCUACUACUCGAAGCCAGUAGCAGUGCAGCAGUGCUGUACCAUGUAAAUGCUUUCACUCAUAGCAGCUUGCAAAGAUCAUUUAACGAUGAGCUUUUCUUCUGCUUGCUGGCCAGGGCAGCCCAGAAAAAAAGAAGUAUCUGUCGGUUCAACACUCAAACGUAGAACCUUUCUUUCUGUAAUGCCAACAGGUACAAGAUUCUUGUGAUUAUAAGGCAUUUUAUUUUCAAGAUGGAUUGGUUUCAAAAUCCAUAGCUGAAACUAAGCAUGGCAGUCAGUUCUGCAGAGGUUCUCAAGGCAGAGGAUGGUUAAUGAAAAGUAAUACUGACGUUCAUCCAUUGGUUGCACGAAGCUAACAAGG